AUGUCCAUUUCGGGGACGCUUAGCAGCUAUUAUGUCGACUCGAUCAUAAGUCACGAGAGCGAGGACGCGCCCGCGGCCAAGUUCCCUGCCUCCGGCCAGUACGCGGGCCCGCGGCAGCCGGGCCACGCGGAGCCCCUGGAGUUCCCCUCGUGCAGCUUCCAGCCCAAAGCGCCCGUGUUCGGCGCGUCCUGGGCGCCGCUGAGCCCGCACGCGCCCGGGAGCCUGCCGGCCGUCUACCACCCCUACCUGCCGCCCCAGGGCGGCCCGGCCGACGGCAGGUACCUGCGCACCUGGCUGGAGCCCGCGCCGCGCGGGGAGGCGGCGGGGCCGGCGCCGGGGCCGGGGCCGGGGCCGGGGCCGGGGCCGGCGGGGGGCCCGGCGGCCGUGAAGGCGGAGCCGCUGCUGGGCGCGCCGCCGGGGGAGCUGCUCAAGCCGGGCUCGCCCGAGUACAGUUUGGAGACCCCGGCGGGCAGGGAGGCCGUCCUGUCUAAUCAAAGACCCGGCUACGGGGACAAUAAAGUGUGCGAAGGAAGCGAGGACAAAGAGAGGCCGGAUCAAACCAACCCUUCUGCCAACUGGCUACACGCUCGCUCUUCCCGGAAAAAGCGCUGCCCCUACACCAAAUACCAGACGCUGGAGCUGGAGAAGGAGUUUCUGUUCAAUAUGUACCUCACCAGGGACCGUAGGCACGAAGUGGCCAGACUCCUCAACCUGAGUGAGAGACAAGUCAAAAUCUGGUUUCAGAACCGACGGAUGAAAAUGAAGAAAAUGAAUAAGGAGCAGGGCAAAGAGUAA